UUCGAGUGCACCGCCAGCAGCAUGGGGGUGUGGACAGAACACAAGACCAAGGACGGUCGAUCGUACUACUACAACAAGCACACGAAGGAGAGCGUAUGGGAGAAACCCGAUGGGUUUGUGCCCAAAGUGGUCGCGGCGACGGAUGCGAACCAGGCACCGGAGUGGGAGGAACGCAUGGACAAGAAGAGCCAACGGCUGUACUAUUACGACCGCGUGAGCAAGACCAGUCAGUGGAUCAAACCCGAGGGAGACGUGCCCAUUACGAGCUACGUGACCAAGGACAAGGGUCAACAGGGUAAGGUCGAUGCAGCAGCAUCCACAUCGACGGCCGAUGGUUUGAGUGCAAGCUCUUCCACCACACCCACCGGCACCAAGGACAAUGCCACAACACCAAAGGCAUCCGCGAUAGACUCGACGGCGACAAAACACCACCAUCAUCAUCAUCAUCGCCAUCGUCACCACCACGACCAUGAGAUUCCCGACCACGAAGGGGGAACUGUGAAGCCCGACGACGCAGCCGUCGCGUCGACGGCAGUACAAGACGCGGACGAAGAGGACACGUCCAAGUCCAAGAAGCGGAAAAAGCGCGAGAAAGGCGCAUCUUCGUCGUCGACGAAAACCAAGUCGAAAAAGCAGCACAAAGCCGCCGCGGACCGUCCGAAAAAGGCGACGAGCAUCCUUCGCGACACGUACGACGUGGCUGACACGACCCUGGAAAGCACCGACGAAGCAAAUCACCUGUUGCAGGUACUGGGCCACACGGACGCGAUCAUGGAACUAGACAUUUUGACCACGAUCAACGGGUUUCUGCGCACCCACCCCGACGCCAACGGCCCCGAAAUGCUGGUCAAGCAGUUGUCGUCGUCAUACAGAGGCCAUGCUCAAAUGUGUCGCUUGGUCGGGACCUGGCUUGAUGCGGCGAUUCCACCGACCACCAGUCGUCCCGAUGACGACGAUGUCUCCGCCGACAGCCUCAUGUUCCACACACUCAAAGCCGCCAUCGUUGACCGCUACGACCCGAAACUGUUGUCGAACGUGCUCAGCGAUUCGAUUGCCGAGCCCGACUGGUUGAAUACGAUGCUACAUGACCGCAAAUGGCGACUCAUGCUGAUCGAGCUCGCGGAAAAACACAAGACAUGCAGUUUACUCCAAUAUGCGAUCCGGCGCAUUUCCGAAGCCGGCCACCACAAAGAAAUCGCGUCUAUCUCGACAGCCAGCGACGUGUUUCCCGUGUUCAACGCCGUCGUGGCCGACAUUCUCAAGCGGAUCCCGUUUGCUGGCGUCGACGACGUCCGGGAAGACUACCUCGCAUUGCAAAAGAUCUGCAUGCACUCUGCGUAUUCGUACAUUUACACGCAGCAAGUUCUGCUGCAACUCGACCAAACGCUGUCCACGUCGAGUGUGCAUGUGCUUCCGUACCGGUCCAAGCUGGAGCGGCUGCGGCAAACUCUGCACGAGGCCGUGCUGACCGCCCACGGGGAUCAAAAACUGGACUCGCUCCAUGUACUCAAGCGCGCGGGGGUGUCGGCGGCGUACCCGGCGCUGUCGGAAGCCAUCGGAUUGGUGCUGCACGAACAAAAGUGUUCCCAAGUGGCGAGUGAACUGCUCAAGGCCGUGUAUACGUCCCCAUCCCCGCCCCCCGUCGCCCAUAUUCGGGAACACGUGAUUUUGCGACGGCUGACCACGGCGCUAUUCCAUCCCUAUGAAGCCGUGGAGAGUGCCGGUCAUCGCACAUCGUGUGCGUUUGUGUUGGCAUAUGCGGCCACGGUGCAAGACACCCGCCCGCUACUGGCGACGACGACCGACGACCAAGCGAUGUCGUGGGACGAAGCCCAAGUGCACACGAUAGCCGCGGCGCUGGAGGCGGCGUCCACCGUGUGCAAGUCCGAAACCACACUCAGCUACAACAUGAACGAGUCGGACGCAGUGGACAAGUUGGUGCGGUCGAUGGCAAUUCCAGUCGUGUCGAUGGGCAUUCUGCACUGGUUGCAGCUUCUCGUGGCGUCCAAAACGUUCUACAACGGCCCGUUCUUCCACGCGGCGUUCCCCGUGGUGAUGAGUCUGCUCCGCCAAGCCAUCGCGCUGCAUGUGGGUCAAUGGCCGACGGUAUUUCAGGUCCUCGUGACGUCAGUGCGCCUCCAACCCGAGUCGAACCCGGUCAAGGUGCUCGAGACGAAGAAGGAAACGCUGCGAUGCAUGGUGCACCUCAUGACCUGUGGCUAUAUCUUCCCCGUGCUGCACUUCAUUGCUACCCAAACCGACGACUUGGACCAAGCCUUGCUUCGCCACUUCAUCCAGCUCGUGCUCAUGCGCAUCGCGCCGCCGUAUUCCCUUCGAUUCACCACCGUGUUAAGUGACAUCCUGUUGCAUCCCAAGGUGUCGCAGGCGUUGCGCACGUGUCCAGUUGAGACCAAGGCCAAGCUGAAGGAGUUUGCUCAUGUGUGCCAAGCCGAAGACGAGUUGGCCGCUGACAUCCGUCGCACCUUGAGCGAAAGUUAUGAGGAUAAUUGAUCAAGUUAUCCGGAUUUGGAGUAUGUUUUAACCGGACAAUUAUAU